AUGUUGACGACCGGUGCCGCCUUACGUCUGUCUCUGCCGGACUCAGACACCACGGCAUGUUAUAUCGUGGAAGCCCGUUACGAGGAGUUUUACCAGAUGCCGAGGCUGUUCCACCUGGACCACUACGACGAGUGCAUGUCGACACGCGGCGUGUACUGCGUCGGCAGCUUCGAGCUGACCACAGACGACCGCAACCACCGCCUCUACCAUCUCAUGCAGAGGUACUCGUCUAACUGGUUGGAUAACUUUAACCACACGCGGCUGCACCGCGGGCUGUGUGUGUCGCGCCGGUGCGCCGCGCCCACCCAUUCCGCACACCAUGCCGCCACUGACAUGGAGCCGCUACACGCAUGGUUCGCAUCAUGUGUGAACGCGAGCAUGAUGUCCUCGCACCAGCUGUCCGCACGGCUGUACCGGUUGGAGUACUGCGAGAGGGGCACGGGGGAGGGGGCCGGGCACCCUCACCCACCACUCACCGUGUCCGAGCAGGCGUUCUCUGGCAUGAUCGCCCUCUUGCUGGUGCUAGCUGCUCUUAGCACUGUACUCGAUCUUUCACUCACUGACCAGACUAAGAAAAAUGUCAAGAGGUCGUGUUACUUUGUAGUAAGCUACUGUGGUUAUUAAAAAUAUUAUAUUUAAAAUCAGGAAUGACCUCCGUAGUGGAGUGGUUCGCGCGCCGGUUUCAAAGUGUCACGGGUACGAUUCCCGGUGGAGUUAAUAUAGAAAAUGUACUUUUCUAUAUUAUCUCGGGUCUGGGUAUUGCGGCACCUUUUUUGACACUAUAAUGCGGGGACUUAUUCAUCAUCUUAUACAUACUCAUCUUAGAAUCUGAACAAUAUUUGUGAUUAGACAACAACUUAAUGUUUUAUUUCCUAAUAAAUAUUUAUAAUCUAAGGACGCCUCAACAGCAAAGGUUAACCUAGUACAAGGUUCUACGGCAAUAAUAUUUAUCAGGUUUGCUUAUUCUCUGUAUAACAUGAAUUUGGACUAAUACUAAAAUUGCAAUUUUAGCGUACAUUUACUCUGCCACUAAACCUUGUUUAUUAAUAGCGCUGUAACUGUAUAGAGAUUGAAAAGCAAUACAGAUCCCAUAAGGGACUCUAUAGUAAACUUUACCUAAAAUCUGAAUAAGACAUACAAGUCAUAUAACUCGUACCAAUUAACUUGAUACCUGGAGGCCUAUUCUGUUUAUUGCGAAUCGUUCUUAUAAUACAUAUAUCUGUGAAGUGAAGUGAAGUGAAGAAGAAUUAUCUGUGUAUCAAGGGAUGCAUCAUUAGAUCCUGCUUCCGUUGCAUCAUUAAUUAUCGAAAAGUGUUUUUCAUUAGUGUCGUAUCGGCAUUUCGAAAAUAGACGACAUUGCGUUGUCAAAGAAAUGGAAAAGACCUUCGUCGAAAAGUUUGAAAAUACGUAUCGGUAAUGUCGUUAUUUUAAUAGAAGUUUAUGAAAGUAGAUGUUAAUGUAUUAGUUUAAGGCGAGGGUGUAUGAAAUUACCAAUUUUUAAAAUAAUUUUAAAAUAAAAUAUAAUAAAUAAAUUUCAAUAAUUAACUCGAUUGCAAAAAAAUCACGGUGAUGACUCUAAAUAGGUUUUUGGAUUGAUUUUACGACUAACAUAUUCCAUCUUAUAUAUUCUUUCGAUCACAAACAAAAAAUAAUGUUUUAAUUUCAUUUGUUUUUCUUCUGAUUUUAUGUUUUAACUGCAUUUGUUUUAUUUAAAAUGUAUGAAAUCCAGCGAGCGCUGUGCGUGUUUGUUCGCGUAUUUGUAUGGCAACGUAAGUGGAGGUACAAGAGAGCCUUAAUAGUAUUUUUCUAUUGUAAGGUAUGAGUUGGGCGGUGUCGUGGUCGGUGCGCGGCAGUUGGCGCGCGCUACUGGCAGCGCCGCCGGGCGGGGGCGCGGACCUCGCCACCCUCGACGGUCUACGGAUGCAUCGUGACACGGACGUCCUCCUGGUGUCUAACAGCACACUGAUGGUGCAGGCAUUCUUCCUGAUGUCCUCGUUUCUGCUCGCCAACAAAUUGCUGCAGCAGCGACGACGACAGCAGACGCUCAAACCGUUCUCCACCUUCGUCGAGAUCAUGAUCAACAGAAUCAUCAGAAUGAGCCCUACGUACUUCGUAGUGGUAUGGUUUGCAGCCAGUGGGUGGGCGCGCGGGGGCAGCGGGCCGCUGUGGGCGCCGCUGGUGGGGGCCGAAGCGGCUGUGUGCCGCGACAAGUGGUGGACGCAUCUGCUCUACCUUAACAAUAUCAUAUACCCGGACGACAAAUGUCUCAUACAAACUUGGUACCUGGCGGCGGACAUGCAGCUGUACUGCUGCGCGCUACUGCUGACGCUGGCGUUGUGGCGGGUGCGGCGCGGUGCGUUGUACGUGCUGGCGGCGCUGCUCGUCGGCUGCGUGCUGCUAGUGUUCGCACUCGCAUACGUCUGGGAACUAGUGCCUACCUUCGUGCUGCAUCGACCAGAGGCGGUGCGCGCGCUGUAUCGUGGUGAGGCGUCUUUCAACGUGUUGUAUCAGUCGCCGCUGGGGAACGCGCCCGGUGCGCUAGUGGGCCUGCUACUCGCGCAUCUGCAUCACGAACUGCGUGACAGACACGUACAGCUUAACAAUUACACCUGGUUCAGAUGGGCGGCCUGGUGGGCGCCGUGGCUAGCGCUGGCGUGGGUGUCGUUUAGUCCGCGGAUGGCGGGGGCGGCGGAGGGAGGGGCGCCAGGCCGAAUGGCGGUCGCCGCGCUGGCCGCGGGGGAGCGCGCAGUGUUCGCGCUGCUCGUCGCUAUCGCGCUGCUCGGAGCUAUGCACGGCGUUAACUCGCCGGUGCGUCGUGUGUUGUCUUGGAAUGGGUGGGCGGUGCUGGCGCGGCUGUCUUUCGGCGCACUGCUGCUGCAUAUGAUCAUCAACAAGUCACUGUUGGGCUCUCAGAUAGCACCCAUACAGCUAGACAGACAACAAGUGAUCCUGGAGUGGUUCGGCGUGUCGGUGGCGUCGUACCUGGCGGCGCUGCCGCUGGCGCUGCUGGUGGAGCUCCCUGUGCAACGCCUCUACCGCGCCCUGCGCGAUCCACCACCCGUGUCAGCGCCAACGCCAUCACCCGCGCCCGCCGACAAGAACCACUCGUGA